AUGGACCCUCUACCCAAUUCGAUGACCAACUCGCAGCCAUCGGUCUCCGACAUCGAAGCUGACAGCAAUUUGAGGGCGGGCAAUACUUCGGGCAAUACUACAACGACGGUGACCCCCGAUAUACCGUCUGAUGGAAAUCGUCUCGUCUCGUCCGAAUCAGCGUCUUCAACCCAGCCCUCAGGAGAGAUCGAACAUGCAUAUUGGGCCGAAUAUGAGGAGGAUACAACCAUUCCAGAUGAAGAUGAGAUGAAGGAGAUUGAAGGGGGUGACUCGGACUACAGUGCAGGGGAUCAUGGUUACUGGGAAAACAACUUUUUCCGGGAACUCGGAGACCCUGAAUAUAUUCCCGCCGAGAAGGCUCGUCUGACGUGGACCUUCAAGGGGGUCCGAGGUACCUCCGAAAAUCCCAAUCGUGCUAAGACCAUUCGUUCUCCUGCGGCUUUCAUUGGCGGAUACUGGUGGCGUAUCAAGUUCUACCCACGGGGAAACAAUGUAAAUGCAUUGAGCGUUUACCUUGAGUGCUCCACCACGAUGCCUGCUCCGGACGAUAUCCUUCCAGAGACCGAAUUUACGGUGUGGAGAGGGGCACCCGAUGCCUCACUCGAUGAAAGCACCCCAGAAGUUCAUCUGAAAUCGGCAGCUACCGAUGAUCCGGCCACUUGGCUUGAGGACUAUGCUUCUCAGUAUCCUGCCGCUAGGAACGCCCCCCAAACUGUUCAUAACGAAUCCUCAGGCGCCUGGCGAGUCCCAGCCCAAGUUGGCGUCAUUGUGUACAACCCGCAAGAGCCCCGGACCGGAUGGAUGCAGUCGUCUUGUCAUCAAUUCAACCCCCACAACUUAGAUUGGGGGUGGACUUACUUCCACGGCCCAUGGGAUCAAAUCCACUCCCGCCGUCGCGGUCAACAUCGUGCUCUUUUGAACAAUGAUACACUCUCUUUCGACGCUUAUAUUCGGGUCGUCAAUGACCCUACCAAGUCCCUAUGGUGGCAUCCAAGUGACUCCGAGCCCACUUGGGAUAGCAUGGCUUUGACCGGCUAUCGCCCUCUGGGCGAUUCUAUUGUAAACCACAGCCCAGAGGUAGCUGGAUUGGCUUCAUGGCUACACAUUGGCCCAAUUAGCAAGAUCAUCCAGGGUGUCGAUACCAUUGAACACCUUACUAACGCCGAAGCCAAGCCCAAGCCUCUUUGUGAUGCUCUACAGAAGCUUCUUUGGCACCUGCGACGCCAGAAACGUUCUCCAAGCUACGUCGACACCGAUACUGUCACAACUACCCUCCGGAACUUGCAUGAAUUCUCGAAUGAUGUAUCUGAGUUUUGGGAGCGAUUACGACGCACCAUGGAGCUCGAGCUAGAAGGAACUGAAACUGGCAAAGAAUUUGCUCGAUUAUUCGACAGUCCCGUCGUGAGCAAUAUGUCGUCUGAAAUCGUCAACAUGUUGCCCACCGACUUCAAUUCCCGGAUUUAUAUGCCAAUUGACCAAGCCAAAUCAACUGGCGAAGCUGUCAAGGGAUAUUUGAGUUCCAAGCCCGGACGUUGGUCGCUCCCACCAGUUCUCCAUGUAGAGUUCGGCCGCCACACUUUGGACAAGGCAAAGCGUUGGCAGUUGCGCUAUGACAAGGUAGGCAUGGAUGAGGAGCUAGACUUGGCCCCAUGGGUGGUCGAUGGCCAGGGCAGUCAGUAUGUUCUCUAUGGCUAUGUCGUCCACCGUGGUCGCCGCACCUCGGGCAAGUUCUUCAGCAUUCUUCGUCCAGCCGGACCGGGUACUACAUGGCUUGCUUUUGAUGAUGGCAGUGACAACCGUGUGGAGUGCUUGACUCAAAAGACUGCCAUGGGCCCCCAUCUUGGUCUUGAGUCUUCCCAGACUGUGGACCACAAGAAGGGGCAUGAUAUCCCGGUUGUUGCCAUGUAUGCUCGUGCCGACAUGAUUCAGGAACUAUUGCCUGGCCCCCAAGGUCCUUGGGAGACCUCUGAAGCCUUACAGACUUACUAUGAGACUGGCGUCUAUCAUACUGGGAAAAAGCCUGCGGAGCAUGUUCAGAUUGAGGUUUAUUCGCUACCAGAGUAUGAUGAGUUGCCGAGUCUGUUUGAUACCUAUAAUCUCAUGGCCCAAGCCAGAACGACAAAUAGUGUCAUGUAUAUGACUCUACCUCGUUCCACACGACUGGUAGAUCUACGAAAGAGGAUUUCUCUAUGCAAAUCUGCAACCUCUGAACCAAUUGGCCCUGAGCGGGUCCGUUUCUGGCAGAUUGGGGACUCUUCGGUCCCAUCUGGGUCAUCGUUGGCUUUUGACAGCACUGCCAAUCUAGAUGUCCCACUCGAUGCUUCAUUGAGCACUAUCCGUUUCUGGAUGGAAACUAUUUCAAAGGAGGAUGCUCAAUUCUUUGCAAUCCCAGAUCCUCCUACAGUCACCACUGCAGAUGAUAAAGCCGAUGGUAGCAGUGUUGGAGAUUCAACUCCUGGGCCUUCUGCUGAUUUGUCAUUUGUAGCAGAAGGUGAUGCCAUUGCUAGUUCAUCAGGAACUCCUCGUCAGCAAGUCGAUGCCACUUUUGAACCGGCGGUGUCCGAUGAGCUUCUGCUGGCCACUGCCUCUCCGGAGAAUGAUGCUAUCUCAGCUGAGAGAGCGGAACAGGAAGGGGUGAUUGCUGUUCACGACCAAGAAGCUGCUGCUGGCUCGGCUACCCAAACCAUCGAAGCCGCCGAUUCUUCGCCCCCUCCAGCCUCUGCAGGCGAACAACGAUCCACGGAAUCUGCUUCCUUGGCACCGACGGAAUCCGAAGUCAAGUUGCCUGUUGGACAUGCAUACUACUUUAUUCAAAUUUUCGAUGCCGACAAUCAGGUUCUCCGAACUGUUGGUUCGUUCUUCUCGAAGCUCGACUCCAACGUCAAAGCAUCGCUCAGGCGCCAUUUAAAGAGAGGUAUUCGUCAAGACUUCCUUAUGUGGAAACGAGUUGAUGGUGCCAAUGUCACUACGGUUUCGCCCGCCGAUACCUUCGAAGAUGUAGUGGUUCCCCACGGAGCUUGCUUCAUUGUAGGAGACAAGUUGACCAAGGACAAGCGCUCACAGCUUGCUUCUACGGGAUCUUUCACCAGCCCUGAUCGUCUGGUUCAUUACCUGUGGGCAGACUCUCGCCGUCAUCCUAUCCAGGGUUUCACCGGGAACAAGACCAUGGAAGCCACCUUUACAAACGACUACUAUAGCGGUGACUUCCUCAAGGGCUACCAUCAUGGCAAAGGCACACACAUCUCCAGCACCGGCAUGGUCUACAAAGGAGAAUUUAUUUUCGGCCGACGUUACGGACAAGGAAAGCUCGAUUAUCCUACGGGUGACUCCUAUAACGGUGACUGGGUCGAAGAUGUGUGCCACGGGCAAGGUACCUUCAUUGAAAAGACCACGGGCAACAAGUACGUGGGUGGCUUCAAGGAUGGCAAGCGUCACGGCAAGGGUAUCAGCUACUGGGAAGUUGCCGAUGCGGAGCUGGAUCUUUGCCAGAUUUGCUACACUGAAGAAAUGGACGCCGUCUUCGCUGACUGCGGCCACUUCUGCUCCUGCGUGACUUGUGCGAACCUUGUCAGUCUCUGCCCCAUGUGUCGCAAAGACGUCAAGAAGGUGAUCAAGAUUUACCGUGCAUAG